AUGUUGCAGUUUGAAAGCCAUGGUGAUAGUGGUGGCGGGGGGGAGAAGGAGAUAUCAAAUCAGUAUCGGAUCCACAGUCCGUGGACUCAGAGCACCAAUAUCGACGUCGUUCGUUUCCCGUGUGUGGUUUAUAUAAACGAAGUGCGGGUGAUUCCCCCGGGAGUCAGGGCGCACACCAGCCUGCCUGACAAUCGAGCCUAUGGAGAGACAUCUCCGCAUACAUUUCAACUGGACUUGUUUUUCAACAAUGUCAGCAAGCCAAGUGCCCCUGUUUUUGAUAGGCUUGGGAGCCUUGAAUAUGAUGAAAAUACUUCAAUUAUUUUUAGACCUAACGCAAAGGUCAACACAGAUGGAUUGGUUCUGAGAGGCUGGUACAACUGUCUGACUUUGGCCAUCUACGGCUCUGUCGACAGGGUGAUAAGUCACGACAGAGAAUCACCUCCUCCCCCGCCGCCCCCACCGCCUCCCCCCCAGCAACAGCCUGGUUUGAAAAGAAACCCCAAACACGUUGAUGGGGAGAAAGAAGACCAGUUCAAUGGCAGCCCUCCACGACCACAACCAAGGGGCCCGAGGACACCGCCAGGCCCCCCUCCUCCCGACGAUGAUGAGGAUGAACCUAUGCCAGUGUCAGUGGUUGGGGAAAAAGAAGAUGAUGUUGAUCACAGGGAGGAUUACUUUGAGCCAAUUUCUCCUGAUCGGACUUCCAUUCAUCAAGAAAGUCAAUAUUCUGAUGAGGGAGAGGUAGAAGAUCAACCAGAAGAAGGAGAGGAUGAAGAAGAGGAUGUGGAUGUGGAGGAGGAGGAGGAUGACGAUGAUGAUGACGACGAUGAGCAAACAGUAGAAAGUAUUCCUGAUGAGGAGGAGGAAGAUGAGGAAGAUGAUGAUGAAGAGGAGGGUGAAGAGGAAGAAGAAGGUGAAGGAGAUGAUGGAUAUGAGCAAAUCUCAAGUGAUGAAGAUGGAAUUGCUGAUCUGGAACGGGAAACAUUUAAAUAUCCAAGCUUUGAUAUUGAAUACACUCCUGAAGAUCUGGCAUCCGUGCCUCCUGUCACGUAUGAGCCUUUUGAAAGGGAGCUUGGACCUCUUUUGUACUUCAGCUGCCCUUACAAGACUGUAUUUGAGAAUGAAGUUGGUAAAAUAAAGGACCAAGACCCAGAAAAAGAAAAUUCAGGGGCGGUGGAAGCCUCAGUUAAGCUAACUGAGUUGCUGGAAUUAUAUCAAGAGGAAAGGGGUGCAAAGUGGGUCACCGCUUUAGAAGAAAUUCCAAGUUUAAUAGUAAAAGGGUUGAGCUACCUGCAAGUGAAAGACACAAAACCAGGCUAUAUUACCCAGCUCGUAGACUGGACCCUGCAAGCACUAAGCCUUCAGGUAGCUCUCAAACAGCCCAUUGCUCUGAAUGUCCGACAGCUGAAGGCUGGGACAAAGCUGGUAUCUUCAUUAGCAGAAUGUGGAACCCAAGGAAUAACGGCCCUCUUGCAGGCAGGAGUUAUCAAUGUGUUAUUUGAACUGUUGUUUGCAGAUCAUGUAUCAUCCUCCCUUAAACUUAAUGCUUUUAAAGCUUUGGAUAGCGUCAUUAGUAUGACUGAGGGAAUGGAAAUGUUUCUAAGAGGUACCGUAGAUGUACAUGAGAAAAGUGGUUAUCAGAAACUCCUGGAACUCAUACUGUUAGAUCAGACUGUGAGAGUGGUUACUGCUGGUUCUGCAAUUCUCCAGAAAUGUCACUUCUAUGAGAUUCUAUCAGAUAUUAAAAGGCUGGUUGAUCAGUUAGCAGAGAACACUCCUUCUCUUCCCAACCACACUGAGCCAGAGCAAGAGCAAGACUUGGACAGAACCAACCAAGAAUAUGAAAAUGAUGUGGAGGCUCCUAUGGAUAUGGAUCAUCUUUUGGAAUCUUCUAAUAUAAGUGAAGGAGAGGUGGAAAAGCUUGUUAGUCUUCUUGAAGAAAUCUUCCAUUUGAUGGAAACUGCUCCUCAUACAAUGAUUCAGCCGCCGGUGAAGUCCUUCCCGACCAUGGCCCGCAUUACUGGCCCUCCAGAACGGGAUGAUCCCUACCCUGUCCUGUUUAGGUAUCUGCACAGCCACCACUUCCUGGCGUGCCUCACGCUGCUGCUGUCCGUGCCGGCGACCAGCGCUCACCCCGGGGUGCUCGCGGCCGUGCGGGACGUGCUGCGCUUCCUGGCGCAGUCGCACAAGGGGCUGCUCUUCUUCCUGGCCGAGUACGAAGCCACCAACUUGCUGAUCCGGGCACUUUGCCAGCUCUCUGAUCCCGACCAAGAGGAAGGUCUCCAGUCGGACGGCGCGAACGAGGAUGCCUUUGCCCUGUGGCUCCUGCAUUCGACGCAGACCUUGCAGUGCAUUUCCGAGCUCUUCUGCCACUUCCAGCGGUGCACGGCCAGUGAGGAGACGGACCACUCGGACCUGCUGGGAACCCUGCACAACCUCUACCUGAUCACCUUUAACCCCGUCGGGCGGUCUGCUGUGGCACAUGUGUUCAGUCUGGAGAAAAACCUACAAAGCCUUAUAACUUUAAUGGAGUACUAUUCCAAGGAAGCCUUAGGGGACUCAAAGUCUAAGAAGUCAGUUGCUUAUAAUUAUGCCUGCAUCCUUGUUUUGCUGGUGGUUCAGUCUUCCAGUGAUGUCCAAAUGCUGGAACAGCACUCGGCUCCUCUGCUCAAGCUGUGUAAGGCCGACGAAAAUAACACCAAAUUGCAAGAGCUUAGCAAGUGGCUUGAACCAUUGAAAAAUCUUAGAUUUGAAAUUAACUGUAUUCCAAAUCUUAUUGAAUACAUUAAACAGAAUAUUGACAGCUUGAUGACCCCAGAUGGCGUUGGUCUUCCUACUGCUCUGCGUGUUCUUUGCCACGUUGCAUGUCCGCCACCUCUGGUAGAAGGUCAACAGAAAGACCUGAAGUGGAAUCUUGCCGUCAUUCAGCUCUUCUCCUCCGAAGGAAUGGACACGUUCAUUCGGGUCCUGCAGAAGCUCAACAGCGUCCUUAUCCAGCCCUGGCGGCUCCACGUCAACAUGGGCACGACGCUUCACCGCGUCACCACCAUCUCCAUGGCCCGCUGCACCCUCACGCUCCUCAAAACGAUGCUCACGGAGCUGCUCCGCGGCGGCUCCUUCGAGUUCAAAGACAUGCGCGUGCCGGCAGCGCUCGUCUCCCUGCACAUGCUCCUCUGCUCCAUCCCCCUCUCGGGCCGCCUGGAUAGCGACGAGCAGAAGAUUCAGAAUGACAUCGUUGACAUCCUGCUGACUUUUACCCAGGGCGUUAACGAGAAACUCACCAUUUCAGAAGAGACUUUGGCGAAUAAUACGUGGUCCUUAAUGCUAAAAGAAGUUCUCUCUUCAAUUUUGAGAAUUCCCGAAGGCUUCUUUUCUGGACUUAUACUGCUUUCAGAACUGUUGCCUCUUCCACUACCUAUGCAGACAACUCAGGUAAUCGAGGCGCACGACAUCUCAGUGGCUCUCAACACCAGGAAGCUGUGGAGCAUGCACCUUCACGUGCAAGCCAAGCUCAUCCAGGAGAUAGUUCGGUCGUUCUCGGGCUCUUCUUGCCAGCCUAUCCAGCAUAUGUUGAGACGUAUUUGUGUUCAGCUCUGCGACUUGGCUUCCCCUACUGCACUUCUUAUCAUGAGGACUGUGCUGGAUCUGAUCAUAGAAGAUCUACAGAGCAGCACAGAAGAUAAAGAGAAACAAUACACUGGGCAGACCACUCGAUUACUUGCUUUAUUGGAUGCCCUGGCUUCACACAAAGCUUGUAAAUCAGCUAUUUUGCAUCUGAUCAAUGGAACUAGUAAAGGUGACGAAAAAUACUCAGAAAUUUUCCAGGAGCUCUUGGCGUUAAUGCGAUCAGUCGGAGACAACGUUGUUCAUCAACAGAGUGCUGAAUGUGUGGCUUCCCUUUUGCAGUCCCUCUGCGAUCAGGAUAUUGCACUCAUUAUACCAAGUUCGUCAGAAGGUUCUGCCUCUGAAUUAGAUCAGCUUUCCAAUUCCUUACCAAGCAAAGAGAUGAUGCCCUUGGUUUGUGACUGCCUCAUGGAAACCCUGACUAAUGCUGAGAGCACUUACAGCUGCCUGCUGACGUGUAUCCGGACCAUGAUGUUCCUCACAGAGCAUGACUACGGCUUCUAUCACUUGAAGAGUGCCCUAAGAAAACACAGCAGUGCUCUGUACACUGUGUUGAAGAGAGUAAUAAGCAACUUCAGCAAAGACACGGGUGAACUGGCCUCUUCUUUCUUGGAUUUCUUGCGACAGAUUCUAAACUCUGAUACACUGGUGAGUAUGUC